AUGGCCUCGGCAGCGGAAUGCUCUCAUCUCCGCCCUCGGAGAUUCGCGCCCCUCGAUCCCGCCCGGGCAUCCGAUGCGCCGCCGCUGAAGGGGAUCGUGUUUGAUGUAGAUGGUACUUUGUGCCUUCCACAGCAUCACAUGUUUGCGGAAAUGAGAUCCGCCCUGGGCAUCGACCGCUCAAUCGACAUCCUCCAACACAUCCGCGAUAUCCCGACAACAGAAGAGCGCGCCGCAGCCGUCGCAAAGAUUCAAGCCGUCGAGCGGCGCGCCAUGCUAGAGCAGCAGCCUCAGCCCGGUCUCGUGCGGCUAAUGGAAUAUCUACAGUCGCGUGGACUGAAGCGGGCGCUGUGCACCCGGAAUUUCGAAGCACCUGUGAUGCAUUUGAUCCAAAGCCACCUCCCGAGUCAUAUCUUCCUCCCGAUCAUCACUCGCGAUACCCCUGAUAUCAUCCCCAAGCCUGACCCGGCGGGUAUUCUACACAUCGCCCAGGGAUGGGGUCUUUCAAAUCGAGCUGAGAAUCUGAUUAUGGUUGGAGACAGCAUCGAUGAUAUGACGGCCGGUCACACUGCCGGUGCGGCAACGGUGUUGCUGCUAAAUGACCGCAACGUGCACCUGCAAGAACAUGCGCAUACGGAUCUCUGUAUCAGUCGACUGGAUGAUCUGGUUGAUAUCCUUGAACGGGGAUUUGUGGGUGUGAAGGAAGGGAUGUGCAUGGAGUGCAAUAAAAUAGAUGCUGCUGAGAUUGGAUCGGGUGUAUAG